CAGUAAAUUCCCAAAACUAUUCGUACAUCAAUACAGAAUUAAGAAUUUUACCACGGUCCCUAGAUUUUACGAAACACUGGCGCGGGAAGCUUUUCGACAGACUCGUCUUUUAGCCUGUUUACGAAAACAUACAUUUUAUGCUCAAAUCUAAAUGUAAUCAGCGUUUAUUAAUAUAACAUCUAAAUUACAAACGUUUAAGAUCAGAAUCGCGGGGAGUAACGUUAAGGCAACAUCUGUUAUCAAUUCAAUCUUAUCGGUUCUUCUGAUCUGAGUUGAAGAUGAUGCGUAAAAAGAAGCGCUCAUCCAUCACUGUCGAUGACGAUUCCACACUUGACGUUCCGAAGUCAAAAAAGACCAAGAGCAGUGGACGACCCACAAAGUCUUCAGCACAGGACUUGCACCCGGACUCAGUUUUUGUUCAGUUUCUGAAGGAAUCUGGUGUCACUUUGAGAGCUGGCAGUACAGCUAAUGAAAUUGCUGUAGACCAAGUAAUAUUUCAAAAGCGGCUCCAGCAGCGUCUACGAAAAAAUCCUAGAUUCCCCAAUAUAAUCCAGGAAUUUAUAUCUGCACUGGAAACAUACAUUGAAGACCCAGAGAGAUUCAGAAACUGCCUGCUACCUUGUGUGCCAUCAUCCUCUUCACAGCAGGAUACCAAUUCUGGCUCCUAUCAGGAAAGUCUUGUACGCUUGUUGCUUGGAAUAGAGAUGCUACAGACCCUGAUCAUAAACAUUUUGUUCGAAAAGCUUCCAGAAUUCAUGUUUGAGGGUGUAAGAGAGGAUGGCCUCAACGUUCCCCGUCUCAUAAUAAACCAGUUGAAGUGGCUGGACCGAAUUGUAGAUGGCAAGGAUUUGAGCAGUAAGCUGAUGCAGAUGGUGUCUGUGGCUCCAGUGGAGAUCCAGCGAGACAUUAUUACCAGCCUGCCUGAAAUCCUGGAGGAUUCCCAGCAUGGAGACACGGCCAAAGAGCUGAAUGGUUUACUUCAGCAGAACACUCAGCUCGCUGUGCCUAUAUUGGAUGCUUUAUCCAGUUUGAAUCUGAGCUCUGCGUUACUGUCCGAGGUUCGUGAGGCAGUAAUGGGAACUCUCUCUGCUGUGCAGUUAGAGGAUCUUCCUGUUGUAGUGAAGUUCAUCUUACACUCCAUCUCUGCAUCUGGUCCUAAUGAGGUGGUGUGUGACCUGCGUAAAAAGCUUGAAUUGGAGCAGUGUGUCUUGCCAGCUGUGCUGCAGGCCUCCCAGAGUCGUAUGAAAAGCAAAGCCGUGUCAGGUGUCCCAUCAUGCAGCAAUGGUCAGGAUAGUGUGGCUUUGGUUCUGGAUGUCAUAAAGUCAGCUAUCCGCUUUCAGAAGACCAUCUCAGAGGCUUGGCUAAAAGCCAUAGAGAAUGUUGAUGAGUCAGACGACCAUAAGGUGGUUGAUCUGUUGGUGCUGUUCAUCCUUCACUCCACUAAUGCAAACCACAGCCGGCGUGGGGCGGAGAGAGUGCUCAAGGUCAAAGUUCGCAAGGGUCUGAUUCAGGAAAGUCUCUUGCAGAAGACCUUUAAGGGUCAUGCUCAGGUGAUGCGGGGUUAUUUCCCAUCAAUUCUGGCUCUAGCUCAGGGACUCUUGCGGUCUUCAGACUGCUGUGUGGUGCCUUUUGGAGGUCACAUGUACAAACAGGCCUUCACUGGCUUUGACUCCUACUGUCAGCAGGAGGUGGUGGGCUCUCUGGUCACACACGCAUGCAGUGGUGUGAGCGGCGAGGUGGAUAUGGCUCUUGAGCUGCUCUAUGAGCUGGUAUCUCAGAGACCUGCAGAGAUGAGCCAGUUCACUGUUUUUGUGAAGGGUAUUCUGGACUACAUGGACAACCUGACCUCACAGCAGAUCAGACGACUCUUCCACCUGCUCAGCCACCUAGCAUUUGGACAGGAGCAGCACGGAGGACACAUCCAGGAUGACAUGCAUAUCGUCAUCCGUAAGCAGCUGUCUAGCAUGGUGCCCAAGUACAAGCGUAUUGGUAUUAUUGGCGCAGUCAUGAUGGUGGGCAGUAUGGGGGCCUGCAGAAAUAAACCUGAAGGCUCUCAGGGUGGCACGCUGCCCAAAGAGACACACAGACAGGUGAUGGCUCUGUUGGAGCUGGUACGCUCAUGCAGUGAGAGUUCCCCUGAAGCUGCCGCUCUCUAUUACGAUGAGCUGGCCAACCUGCUGCAGACCUGCAAACUGGACCUUCUAGUGCAGGCAUGGAUCGGGAAGAGUGUGUUAGAGGAUUUUCAGGAAGACUUUGUUGUAGACCUUGGGCCAGAUAUAUCAGGUCCAUUUGUGUUUCCUGCCUCUGUGAUGUAUAAUUUGGACGAUGAUGAGAGUCAAGGGGGAAUCGCCAUCAAUCUACUGCCACUUAUGACUCAAGACCAGCAGCCCAAAACAGACACAACCCAACCAGCUGGAGUCAAGAAAGAAAGGCGUGUGUCUCCACUUUGUCUGUCCCCGUUUUUCCGCCUGCUGAGGUUGUGUGAAGAGGUGCAGCACCAAGGCGAUCUGGAGGAGAUUGAUGCUCUGCUAGGCUGUCCUCUGAUUCUGACUGAUAUGGAGAAGGUGGAGAGUCUGUCUAAGGCUGAGAGAGAAUUCCUCUGUUCUCUGCUCUUUUACACCAUCAACUGGUUCAGAGAGGUGGUGAAUGCAUUUUGCAAGCUGAACGAUCCUGAGAUGAAAAUGAAGGUUGUAACUCGUAUUCAGAAUAUCACUUACCUUCAGAGUUUACUGCAAACGUGCUUGGCAGCUACACCAGGCUACACUCCUCCUCAGGCUAACUUUGAUGGAGAGAGUGCUGAAGGGAUGAUACCCUCUUCUUCAAUUGCUCUGCCAAAGAAAGAGUCAUCUGGGAGGAAGAGGAAGGCUUCAGCGAGUAAGAACUCCUCAGGAGACAAAUCACAGCUGAAGGGGGCCGCAGAUGCAGAGGAUUCCCAACAGGACCAUCCAGAGAAAGAGAGCGAGAAGGAGAAAGAAAAGGAUGCCAAAUCAGGGGUCAGUCUGUCUUCGUACUGGCCAUUCUUCAGAGAGCUGGAUGUUGAAGCUCUGAGCGUGCUUCAGUGUGGCCUUCUGUCGCGGACACUUUUGGACACUGAGCUGCAUAGUAAGUUAAAGGAGGAAGUGCAGUUGGGCCCUGCAGAAUUGCUUUUCAUGCUGGAGGACAUGUGGCGUAAAUUGGAUUUCAGUUUGGCUUCUGCACCAGCCAAAAAGGCUCCAUUUCUCAAAAGUAAGACAGACAGAGCAGUUGGCUUUGCUCACUUGCAACAGAAAAAUGCCAAAGAAAUCGCCACCUGUUGCAUGGAGCUGCUGCCCACACUCUGCACACACCUGGAGAACUGCCACAAUCAUUUUCAGACUCUGCUUUCUGAGCAUCAGGGUGUUGUUGAUGCUCCUGGUGUGGAUGUGAAGGAACAGCAGCUCAUGUGUUCAGCCUAUCAGCUCCUACUUCAAGUGCUACACACCACGUUCAGCUGGGCUGGCUUUUCUGGUCCAGAGCAUCGUGCUCUGCUGAAGAGCGCUCUGGGGGUCCUGGCCGGCCGACUGAAGGAGGACGAGACCGAUCUGACCUUGGAUCAGCUCAGCAGGCACGCUUUUGAGUACCUGCAGAACUUCCGAAGCACAGUGCCCAGCCUGAACACUGCCCUGUGUCUGACCCAGCUGCUCAUUGUGCUGUCCCAGUAUGGAGGAUCAAACCACAGGACCUACAGAGAACAGAUCACAUCCCUGACGAGGCAUUUCCUCUGCCAGGAGUGGGUUACAGCAAGUGGAGAGAAAGAGCGUGGAAACAAAUACAAUGAUGCUCUUCAAACUCUCCUCAGUAUUUAUCUGGAGCACACUGAUGAUGUUCUGAAGGCGGUGGAGGAAAUAGCAGGUGAAGGGGUUCCAGAGCUGAUGAAUGCUGCUAAAGAUGCCAACUCACGCAGCUGGCCGACACUCAACAGGCAGACAUUCCUAGUGUACUACAAGAGCAUGAUGGCAGAGCUGGAGAGAGCUGUGCGCAAGAUUCCUCCCAGCAAACAGAUGGAUAGUCAAGAGGUGCAGAGCGAGAAGCUCCUAACAUGGAAUCUGGCUGUGCGUGACUUCCACAUCCUCAUAAACCUGGUCAAGAUGUUUGACAGCAGACCUGUACUCACUGUGUGCUUAAAGUAUGGUCGCCUUUUUCUGGAGUCCUUCCUCAAACUUGGAAUGCCUCUGCUUGACUACAGCUUUAAAAAACACAAGGAGGAUGUCCAGAGUUUACUGAAGACCUUCCAGCUCAGUACUAGACAACUCCACUACAUGUGUGGCCACUCAAAGAUUAGGCAAGAUACAGGGCUGACCAAUCACGUUCCAGCCUUGAAGAAAAGUCUGGAGCAGUUUGUGUAUCGUGUGAAAGCCAUGCUCACUCUUAACCAUUGCCAGGAAGCCUUCUGGCUGGGCAACCUGAAGAACAGAGACUUAAAGGUGAGAUGUUAAACUCAGAUGAAG